UGUCCCUUUUUAUUUUUCUUACGCUAUCGUUAUUUAUCGUUGUUUAUCGUUGUCUGUCGUUUUCGUUUUCGUAGUUAACCGCAUCAUUGUUUUUUAUAUUAUACCCUCCACCCCUUUUCAGCAUUUUGUACUCUACUUGUCACUGUUAUUUUAACCAAGUUCCCACCUCUCUUACGUUACUCUUUUUUAAUUAUCUUUGAAACAUUUUGCGUACAGCACACUACUCCACAAAUCCACAGAAUCCAUCCAUCCAUCCAAACACCUACACAGCGAGUAACAGUGCAGGUACUAGCAUAUUAUUAUUCUAAUGUAUAUGGAGUAUCGGAAGCGGUCUCUGGAUUUGCCAGUUGUUGACAAUUCCCAAUCGACAGCCAAGCAUCCACGCAAUGACGAUGAUGAUGUUGGUAGUAAUAAUAUUGUUGCCUCUCGGCCCAAACCGACCAGAGUGCUAGAGCCCAAUUCCUCGGCCAGCACCAGCGGUCCGCUUUUGCCUCCCAUACGCAGCCUCAAUGAAUUUACAUUUGGUCCUGGGUUGCCAGUGCAAUCGGCGUCCCCGGUGGGGUUGGGCGGUGGCGCUACGUCGAUUCCGUCGCUGAGGCAUUUGCACAGCCCACCCAAUCAUCACCAUAGCCAACAGAAGACCGGCGGUGGCAGUGGCCAGCGCAGGUUCAGCCAGCAGCGAGUUAUGCCACCGUCAUCGACACUCCCACCAUUACAUAUUGUCCAACCGCAUUCUCAGCCACAGGCCCAUCGGCAUUUUUACACUGGCGGUAGCCAGAAUAUGUCGCUUGAUAGUCAUUUGUCAGAGUCGCCAGUGCUGUCGACUGCAAGCUCGCCACAAGAGGCCCUCAGCUGUAGCAUUAUCGGCGGUAUUGGCGGCGGCAGGCCUGCUGCCCUGGGCCACUCGGACAGCGCCAUGAGCAGCUCAAUGACUAGUCACGGCGGGCUGGAAACCAAAACACAGGGCGCAUCUUUUGACAAUGAUUAUAAUGUCAAUGGUGCGGGCGGCGAUAGUCCCAGCGACGCAAUCAAGGUGGCUCGCAACUGGAGCCGCGACGAAACACUGUCGCUUGUGCGCGCUAUUGGGCGGCACUACGACUCGCUCAAAAGCUGCAAAACCAACCAGGAGCGGAGCAGCGUCUGGCACCGCAUUCACAAGGAGCACUCGAGCCAGUUUCCGGGAAGAUCCAAGAAGGCGUCACAGGAUCGAUGGGGCAAAGUGCUCAGCGACUAUAAGGACGUUGUAAUUCACAACAAGGAGAAGGGCGCGGCUCGCUGGACCUUUGAUUUUUUUAAAGAGGUCGCCAGCAUUGUUGAGGGAGACGCGCAGUUCAUGGAUGUGUCCUCGCCGUCCACAAUGUCGCCGCCAGCGCCGCUGCCAGCUACAUCCGCCAGCACAUCAUUUAACCUGGGAACCAAGGGUGAGCAUGCGCAUCCGUUUGGCGGCGCUGUUACCAGGGUUGGCCGGCCGCCAUUUGCAUACCACCGGAUGUCUGAGCCAAAUUUGAGUAUUGCCAGCAGUAUUGCCCAGGCACAGUCGCGCGCCAUAGCAGGGGUGCGGCCGCUGACUGUUGCUCAUCAGCCAAUGUACUCUGGCAGCGGCGCAUCUGGGGGACAACUUGGGCGGUUUCCUAUGGUUGCCGAGCCUCCUCAAACGGCGCCGGUUGCCCAUGGGAUGUAUGGCUUGGGUAUAUCUGUGGGAUCGGGAAGAUUAUCGCCUACUCGCCGCACGUCAUAUCCGCAGCUGCAAGCACUGACUCGGCCACUGCAAUCGCCAGCUCUUGGGUCACUGAACAAUGCAUUUGGUCCCAAUCAGCGUCUAUCGCAUCCACACCUUCAGCCCCAUCACCAUUCUCAGCAGCAGCAAGCACACCAACGGCCACAAUCAUACGCGCAAAUUCAGCAGCAAUACCAGCAGCAGCAACACCAAAUUCAGCACCACCAGAACCUUCAGCAACAACAAACUCAGCAGCAAGUAGCACUCUCUCUACCACUUGCUGGCGCUGUGCGGCCGUCACCACCACCAAUAAUGCACCACACUAUGGCAAACCCUCCCGCUGCAUCAACCAGGGCUGUACAGCACCAGCAAUUAAAUGACGCCGCGGUUUCUAUUACCACUCCCGCCAUUACUUCCUCUGACUCUGCAUCUGAGCACGUUGCUGCGCAUCCUUCUGCUGCUGUCGAUAACUCGACAUAUGAGAGCAACCCUGAAAAUGCCUGCCACUAUGUUAUGAACAUACUCAGAGGCCAAAUGACAAAGAUUGACGCACAGCAACACGAACUGAACCAGCUAAAGGAGUCUACACAGAGUGCUAUUAGCCAGGUUGAGCAUGUGAUGCAAAGGUUCAUACAGCCGUGACUAUUUUCUAACUAUUUUUUAUUGAUAAUUUUAUGAUUUUUCUAUUGCAUUUGCUUUGUUUUUUAAUUUGCAAGAGUUAUAGAUUACUCUAAAAAUUUAAAAAUUAACGGUUACAUGCUAAAUCAUUUAAAAUGAG